AUGAAGAGUCAGACAGCUUAUUUAGAUGUCGUUGUUCCUCCUGAUAUUCUGGACUACCCAACGAGUAGUGAUCAGGUGGCAAGAGAAGGAGCAAACAUAACCUUGCGAUGUGCUGCUCAUGGUGUACCCACACCGAACGUAGUUUGGAGAAGAGAAUCCGGUGAUUUACUACCUACAACCAAGUUUAGUGACUUGCAAAUUCCGCCUAUAAUGACAAUACAAAAUCAGCUGAUAGGAGCACUGCAUGGUGAUUCGGUAACAUUAGAAUGCCAUUCAGAAGCAUUUCCUAAAUCUAUUAAUUAUUGGACUAUUAAUGGCCAUAUCAUAUCCCAAUCGGAUACUAGAUUCGAUAUUAUUGCUAUUGAAAAAGGUUAUGAAGUAAUUAUGAAAUUGAAAAUCAAGAAAGUGAGUAGAGGAAACUUUGGUACAUAUACUUGCAUUUCGAAAAAUUCUCUUGGAGACACCGAUGGUACUAUAAAGUUAUAUUCUAUUUCUGGUCAGUUUGAAGAUAAACAGUACAGUGAUCUAAAUGUUCUCGAGGAGAACCCAGACGUGAGUGAACUUGAAGCCCUCAAACGAAGCCUUGCGCCUGAAUCUGUGCUAAUAAAUUUUGUCUUAUUAUUACCGGCACUUGUGAUACUAGCCGAAAUUUAUAUGUAA